UUGGCUGCGGAGACUCCGACUGGAAGCCGCGACUCCAUGAGUCAGUCAGACCCGAGUGCUCGGUGUUCAGUGCUCAGUGCUCCCGGUGAGUUGUGACUUGUGUCUUGUGUCAUCGACGCAUCAUGCCCUCGUGGACGCGAACGCUCUGCCUCACCGUCAGCCUCCUUUGCUGCAUCCUUCAGCUCGCCGAGCUGAAAGCGCAGCACCGGCGCUACAAGCUGCGGCGCAUUCUGCCUCCGGUUGCGGGCCACGUUCCGGUCUACAUCCAGCACGGCAGCAGUCCGCCGGACCUCAAGGCAAUUUACCGGAUGGCCUCCUCGCUCCGGCACAAGAGCGAAAAGAGCGCCUCCAUCGAUCGGUUCUACAAAGCGGCCGACGGCCCCUCGAAAACCAAGAUCAAGGCCCACCAUCCGCACUCCUGGAGCCCCUACAGGGCUGCCCGCCCCAAGAUCGUCCGCACCUACAAGAUGACCCCCAAGCCCAAACUCCACCACUCCAAAUCAUGACCAGUCCCCAUUCCCUAGGUUUAACCCGUGUAAAUAUUGUGUAUUUUUGUUGUUGAAUAUUAAAUUAUUGUUUUGUAA